AUGCUGCCAAGUACGUUUGAGGAAUUACUUCCGAUAGGUCGAAGUAUUAAAAAAAAGACAUCAUUUUACGAAAAGCCCCCAGCCGUCAUUAAAGUUGACAUUAACCUUGCGUUACUUGGCAACAGGAAAGUCCCUUCUCUAUCCUUUAAUUUUCGCAUUGGGCGGUCGACAGUGACAUCGAUAUUUAGUGAAGUACCACAAAAAAUAUGGAAAACACUAUCCCCCGUGUCUGUAAAGAUGCCUGCGACAGAAGCAUCUUGGAAAUCGCUUGCAAAAGAUUUCUGGACACUAUGGGGCUAUCUGUUGUGCAUUGGUGCGAUAGAUGGCAAGCACUGCGUGAUAAUUUGUCCACAAAAACCUGGAAGUUCUUACUACAACUACAAAGGCUCAUUUAGUAUAGUCCUCAUGGCGAUUGCUGAUACAAGUUAUAUGUUCACCUAUGUCAACGUUGAAAAUUAUGGUAGACAAAGCGAUGUAGGAGUUUACGGUUGUUCCAAUUUCGGAAAAGCGCUGCUGUCAAAGAAAUUGGUGACACCGGACGGAGAUAAUUUACCGAAAACUAACUUGCAUGCUAAAUAUUGUUUCAUUGGUGACGAAGCUUUCCCGUUAAAAGAAAAUAUGCAGUGA